CCUAUCGGAUUUUCCAAGGAAUGGAAUUCCUAAACCCCCUUCGCUGUUUCUUCUACCUCCUCUCCUCCCAAAAACCCAGAAAGUCAUCUCCUUUUCGUCAAUGACCCUCUGUCUCUGUAUCAGAGCUUCGAGGGCUUUCUCUAUUUCCGCUGCUAAUCUCCCGAAAGUACGAUUUUUCUUUCCCUUCUCCACUCUCCAUAAUUGCCCUUCUUCCCCCUCGCCCUCCUCCUCUUGCUCUGAUUCCUAUUUCGCUCAUCUCAUUUUGAGCUCGUUCCGACACAAAUCCUUACCUUUUUCCGACCACUUGUGGUCUCCCAAUCAGUUUCGCCGCCUCCUCAAUGAUCCGUAUACGCUUAUCAGAGUCCUCAACAUGAUUCGUGAUAACCCGAGAAUCGCUUUUCGCUUCUUUCGCUGGAUCCAGAGGCAGCCAGAUGUCAAACAGUCUCUCACCACCUUCCACUUGAUGCUCGAGGUCCUCGCGGAGAAUAAUUUGAUGAGGUCCGCGUUCUGGGUGGCCGAGAGGCUCGUUGAUAUUGGUAUGAACGGAAUUGUUGAUUUUUUGAUUGAUGGGCAUUCAAAUAGGCAGAUUGCCCUCAAGCUUUUGGAUCUCUUAUUGUGGGUAUAUACUAAGAAAUCUAUGGUUGAGCAGUGUUUAUCGAGUUUUAACAAGAUGGUGAGGAAGGGCUUCUUGCCUGACGUCAAAAACUGUAACAGGAUUCUUAGGAUUCUAAGGGAUCAAGGGAUGAAGGAUAAAUCCAGGGAGGUCUAUCAAAUUAUGGUCGAGCAUGGCGUUAAGCCGACAAUUAUCACCUAUAACAUUAUGUUAGAUACUUUCUGUAAGGCUGGAGAAAUGCAUCGAGUCCACCAAAUGCAAUUGGAGAUGCAAGACAGAGGAUGUCUCCCUAAUGACGUGACUUACAAUGUGUUGAUCAAUGGCUAUUCCAAGAAAGGCGACCUUGAGAAGGCCAGAGCGUAUAAAGAGCAGAUGCUACAGUCUGGCUUGCCGGUUUCAUCUUAUUCAUAUAACCCUCUGAUAUAUGGAUAUUACAAGCAAGACUUGCUUGCUGAUGCAUUGAGCGUUAGAGUUGAAAUGGUAAACGAGGGUGUUUCUCCGUCUGUGUGCAAGUAUAAUAUAUGUAUGCUUGUCCUCUGCAAAUAUGGAAGAGUAGCUGAUGCCAGGCAAUUGUUGUUGGAAAUGGUAAACAUGAAUUUAGAACCAGACAUCAUUUCGUAUAACACUCUGAUACAUGGGUACAGCAGGAUCGGGAACAUGGGAGAGGCCUUUAUCUUGUUUGAUGAGUUGAGGGUCAGGAAUAUAUGCCCCACUGUUAUCACCUAUAAUACUCUAAUAGACGGUCUUUGUAGGUCAGGAGACUUAAAAGUUGCCCAACAGCUGAAAGAAGCAAUGACCAGACGAGGGAUUCUUCCCGAUGUUGUGACAUACACGAUUCUUGUUAACGGGUUUUGUAAGAAUGGGAAUCUUUCCAUGGCUGCAUCAUGUUAUGAUGAGAUGCAAAGGAGAGGGAUUAAAGUGGAUAGGUAUGCAUACACAACAAGGAUUGUGGGUGAACUGAAAUUGGGUGACUCAGUUAAAGCGUUUUGUUUACAUGAAGAGAUGCUGGCAAAGGGAUUCCCUCCAGAUCUGAUCAUCUAUAAUGUGCAUGUUCAUGGACUCUGUAAGGUGGAGAAUCUGGAAGAAGCAACUGAGGUUGCACGUAGGAUGGCGAGAGAAGGCCUUGACCCAGAUCACAUUACUUAUACCACUCUUAUCCAUGCUUGCUUGGAGAAAGGGCAUUUUAAGUCAGCCAGAGUGUUGUACUCUGAAAUGCUGACGAGGGGCAUCUCUCCUUCCGUGGUCACAUACACUGUCCUAAUUCAUGCUUAUGCGGCAAGGGGAAGGAUAGAACAAGCCUUGUCAUUUUUCCGGGCAAUGCAAGAGCAGAGAGUCCGUCCGAAUGUGAUAACAUACAAUGCUCUGUUAAAUGGUCUACGCAAAGCUAGGCAGAUAGAUUUGGCAUACAAGUUUUUCUCCGAAAUGGAAGAAAUGGGGAUAUUACCCAACAAGUACAGCUACACAAUUCUAAUAGACAAGAACUGUGAGCUUGAGAAUUGGGAAGAGGCUGUAAAAUUGUACAAAGAGAUGCUAGAUAGAGGGAUUCAGCCAGACCAUUGCACUUAUAGUUCCCUCUUCAAACGGUUAGACACAGAUCAUAUGUCACGUGAGCUUCAGUUCUUGAGAAGCUUAUUACUCAGCUGACGAGGAACCCAGACGAUGAUGACCUGAGAGGCUUUUUGCUGUGUCAGAGUUCUUCCUAGAUUGUGUGGUUAAUUUUACAAUCACUAUGCACAGUGCGGUUUAUCGCUCAGCUGGGAAAAGAUACUCUUGAGCUAUGGCAAGCAUCAACGCGAGCGUUUGGAAAUAAUAGGGCACCUUUGCUUGCUUGAAUCCAUUCAAAAUGGAUAGAUAGAUGUAUGGGUGAGUGAAGGUAUUAGAGAGCAGAUGAAAGAGAGAAUGGGAAUAAAUGAGAAACAUUAGGGUAUAGCAACAUUGCAACGAACUUCACACCAUGAAAUAGAAGGGAAAGUGUUUUUUUUUUCUAUUCAUUGAAAUAUUUUUUGAGGGGAACUUCUUCGUCUUGGGGUCAUUGAUUUAGCCGCAGGAAUGUGUAUUGAUGUUAUUGUUUCGAUUGAGGGGAAAGCCAAAAUAAAAGAUAAAAGUCUUCUUUUUUCAAUGGACAAUUUGUAGUCUCUGGUUUGAAGAAAUCAAGUUUCAGAACAGUAGUACUACUGGUGAUAGUUUCAGCUGAAUCUUCUAAUAAAACUGGUGUAUGCCCUGCUCAAUUGGGUACACAAAGUAGCAGGCCACAGCUUUGGAAGUGGAUGGAGACGAGAACAGAGCAUGUCAUCCCGAUAUUUCUGAGCUUCCAAAAUCGGCUCUGGAAGGACAUGUUUCAGGUGCUUUGGUUGAAGCAAAGGGCAUGAUUAAGGAGGACGGAUAUCCAAUCAAGAAUCUGUUGAUGUCUGAAUCUUGUGGAUGUUAUGGAAUACCCGAAAUGAUUCUCUAAUCUCUAUUCAAGCUCGAGUUUUUCGGCAUCUGAAGUAUAACUGAAGUGCAAAGUCUGAUGCUGGAGAAUGGAGGGUGAAUGAUAAUAUGAUGCAGGCUGCUGCAGUGCCAUCUUGAAGCUUAGGGUUUCUCAGGAUUCUCAGAUCAACCCCUCAAGUUCUCAAAUGGGGAAGACCAGUAAAGACUCGAGAAGACCCGCGAUGGAGGAGACGAUUCCGACAUAUAUGUAAAUUAAAAAAAUAAUUGUAAUCGUUGAGGACCCGAGUUCCGAUUUGCCGUAAUCACGAUUCGAGGCGGAGCAAUCGCCGGAGAUCCCGAGUCGCCGAGUCAUCUAUUGGAACCACUUGGCUCUUCUUCCUUGAGAACGACGGAAACGGCAAUGAGCUCGGCGCCGGCGACAAUACCGACGUCGCCGAUCCGGCGUAGACGUUCUCGGCCACCAUAGCCGUUUUCUCGUUGUCGGAGGCGAAUCGUCUCCUAUGCUCCGGUCGAGACGACGGUUUCCGGUGAUUGUUCCUCCGGCGCUGAAAAACCACGGGAGAAUUCCUUAUCCGAUCAACCAAGCAGCUUCGCGGCCGCAAAACCUCCGUCCCCAUUGUUGGCAAAUGAAACGAGAAAACCCCAAGGAAAAAAAAAAA